AUGGCUUCUUCCGGUUCCAUGACGAGGCCACUGUGUGCUAACCACGAGGAUAUGCCGGACAAGUGGACAGACGCCGAGUUGGAUAAGGUGAAGGACAAAGAUAUGAGAACUCCAUCAUGUUGGUGUGGAGAUGUUUGCAAAGUUAAGGUAUCCACCGACCGCAAGAAAUCAUGGACGGAAGGAAGAAGAUAUUUUGUUUGUCCCAACUAUGCCUAUGAUCGUCCUCGUCAAGCUCACGCCUAUGAUGUACUGCCGUCGCCGCCUCCACUUUGUAAGUACUUCACAUGGAUAGAUCAAGAUGUGCUAGAAGAUGUUAAGAAAGAUCAACAUCGAGAUUGUCUAAGGAGGCAGCGGUUGUUUGAAGAAGCAUUUCAGAGAGGCUUGGAUGAAGAGCGUCGUGAAAAGGAGAGGAUGGAGCACAAGAAGUGUGAAGAGGAGAGGGCACGCAAGGAGAAGAUUGCUCGUCAAGAGGAGAGAGCAAGAAAGCUUGCAAGGGCUCGUGAAGCCCAAGAGGAGGAUGAGGCACGCGACAAAAAAGGAAAAUGGCCUCGUGUGACCCAAUAA